AUGGCAUUCAUCCUAUCCAAUCUCCUAAGUUGGCUUAGAUCGUUGUUCUUCGCCAAGCAUUUGGAAGUCACCAUCGUAGGAUUGCAGGCAAGUGGUAAAACAUCCCUAGUCAACGUCCUCGGCUCGAACCAAUGGUCGGAAGAUGUCGUUCCUACCGUAGCGUUCAACUUGAGACAGGUGAGGAAAGGCAAUGUAACGAUGAAAGUAUGGGAUGUAGCUGGCCAACCGAAAUUUAGAGGAAUGUGGGAUAGGUAUUGUAGAGGUGCAGAUGCUAUAAUAUACGUAGUCGACGCAGCAGAUAGAUCAUCCCUUCCUACAGCUACCUCCGAAUUACACGCCCUACUAUCUCUACCAGCACUCACCUCUGUCCCAUUACUGGUCUUGGCCAAUAAGAAUGAUUUGCCCGAUGCGGUAGGAGUGGACGAUCUGAUAAAAGAGAUGAGGUUGGGUGAUAUUGGUGGGAGGGUUGUUUCGUGCUACUCGACAAGUAACAAAACGAAGCAUAAUCUAGAUAUUGUAUUGGCCUGGUUAACCCAACGAGCUCAUUAG